UGGGACAGCGAACCCCAGUGCAAGGAGCCAGCGAACACGGGAGCCCGGGAGUGCCGAGUGGGCAGCGGGCGGAGCGGAGCCGCCGGGCGGAGCGGGCUCAGAGCCCGGGUCUCCGCGGCUCGGGACCCGGCGGCGGGGGCGGCGAUGUUCCACUGCAUCCCCCUGUGGCGGUGCAACCGUCAUGUGGAGACGAUCGACAAACGCCACUGCUCGCUGGUCUAUGUCCCCGAGGAGAUCUACCGCUACGCCCGCAGCCUGGAGGAGCUGCUGCUGGACGCCAACCAGCUCCGCGAGCUGCCCGAGCAAUUUUUCCAGCUGGUCAAAUUACGAAAGCUUGGACUUAGUGAUAAUGAAAUUCAGCGGCUCCCUCCAGAAAUAGCAAACUUCAUGCAGCUGGUGGAACUUGAUGUAUCUCGGAAUGAUAUUCCUGAAAUUCCAGAAAGCAUCUCAUUCUGUAAAGCACUACAGAUAGCUGACUUCAGCGGAAAUCCACUGACGAGAUUGCCAGAAAGCUUUCCUGAAUUACAGAAUUUGACAUGUCUUUCUGUAAAUGACAUCUCCCUGCAGUCCCUGCCUGAAAAUAUUGGCAAUCUUUAUAACCUGGCUUCCCUGGAACUGAGGGAGAAUCUUCUUACAUAUCUUCCUGACUCUCUUACCCAGCUGCGGAGACUAGAAGAACUUGAUUUAGGAAACAAUGAAAUAUAUAAUUUGCCAGAAUCAAUUGGAGCUCUCUUACAUCUAAAGGAUCUCUGGUUGGAUGGAAAUCAGCUAUCAGAAUUACCUCAGGAAAUAGGAAAUCUGAAGAGCCUGCUGUGCUUAGAUGUCUCUGAAAACAGGUUGGAAAGACUUCCUGAAGAAAUCAGUGGCCUGACUUCAUUAACAGAUUUAGUCAUUUCCCAGAACUUACUAGAAGUGAUUCCGGAUGGCAUCGGAAAACUAAAGAAACUGUCCAUCUUGAAAGUGGAUCAGAACAGACUCACCCAGUUGCCUGAAGCAGUUGGGGACUGUGAAAGCCUCACUGAAUUAGUUCUUACAGAAAACCGGCUCCUGACUUUACCUAAGAGCAUUGGAAAACUUAAGAAGUUGAGCAACUUGAAUGCAGACAGAAAUAAAUUAGUGUCUUUACCAAAAGAGAUUGGCGGAUGCUGCAGCCUCACCGUGUUCUGUGUGCGUGACAACAGACUGACUCGGAUACCUGCAGAGGUGUCACAGGCAACAGAGCUUCAUGUCCUGGAUGUGGCAGGGAACAGACUAUUACAUCUGCCUUUAUCCCUGACCGCCUUGAAGCUGAAGGCCCUGUGGUUGUCGGAUAACCAGUCCCAGCCUCUGCUCACGUUCCAGACGGACACAGACCACGCCACAGGAGAGAAGAUCUUAACCUGCGUCUUGCUUCCUCAGCUGCCUUCUGAACCUACUUGCCAAGAGAACCUGCCUCGCUGUGGGGCCCUGGAGAGCUUGGUGAAUGAUGUGUCUGAUGAGGCCUGGAAUGAGCGUGCAGUGAACAGAGUCAGUGCAAUCCGAUUCUUGGAAGAUGAGAAAGACGAAGAAGACAGUGAAACGAGAACACUUCUGAGGCGAGCCACUCCACACCCCGGGGAGCUAAAGAAUAUGAAAAAGACAGUGGAGAAUUUACGGAAUGACCGGAAUGCUGCUAAAGGACUGGAUUCAAACAAGAACGAGGUCAAUCACACCAUUGACCGAGUGACCACUUCUGUAUAGACCUUCACCCGCAAGUUUUACCUCCCGUGUCUCCCCCUGCUGUUGAGAUGUUGCCGGUGCCCUCCGGAGGAGCCUCACGCAGUCCUUUGUCUUCCCUGGAAGGCGGGGAGGCACAUGCCACCCCCAGGCCACCUGCCGGGGAUGCUGCUCUGUCCACGGAAGUGCCUUACUGCGGUCCCGGCGCGCUUCCUGCCCCCCAGCUUCCAAUCGGUUGUCGUAAUAAGUAGAAUACACUACUGUAAACAUCUGGCCUUUGGUGUUGUCUUACGUUGGGGUUAGGGAGCACAGGAAGGGGAUUGUUUUUGUCCUCCUCCCUCCCGUAAGGCGCCAGGACAUUUUUCUCUUGGACCUACUGAUGAGAGAUAGUUUUAUGUACGGGGAAUAAUUGAUACUUUUUUAAAACCUUUUUUGGCAGCUCAGAUGGUGUACAUUUAAAAAAAUUUUUUUUGUAU